AUGGACCACGUGACACAAAUCAUGUUUUUGCGUGUAUUGAGACCAAAUAUUUUUUUUUUUGUUUUCAAUCUAUUAAACUUGUUGUUCAUUUCUUAUGGUAUUAAUCAUAAAACUUCAAACACCAUGAGUACUACCACGACUGAUGAGUCAUUGUCUAUGUUUUUUGAUGAUGAUUUUAAUCCAUCUGCAUAUAUUGAUACAUUAGUUAAUUCAAUUACCAAUCAAAAUACACCACAUAAUACAACCACACCAAUAUCAGCAUAUUCCAAGAAUUCAUUAACCAAAUUAUCAAAUGAUAUUUCACAUUUAAUUACUCAUCUAGAUUAUUAUACUAAUGAAUUGACUAAUGAGAAUUUACAAUCAAAGUUAGAUAUGUUGGAUAAAUCCAAUGUUAUUAUUAAUAAUAGUGAAGAUCAUGGAACCACUAGAUUACAAUAUCAUGUACAUGUUUUAAAUAAUGCCGUGCUUUCAUUACAAACAGAAUUAACAGAGGUUAAUAAACAGUUGGAUAAUUCAAAUAUAAAUAAUGAAGCUAUACAAAAAUUAAUUCAAUUAAAACAAGUCAAGGCUAAUUUGAAUCAAGUUUUAAAAAUAUUUGAAUUGGUUAGUAAUUCAAUAUCUCAAAAACAAUCAUAUACAGUUGAUGAGUUUCAAUAUGCAUUAGAUGAGUUGUUUAAUUCUAUAAAACAACAAUUACAAAGUAAUACUAAUAAUGAAAAGUUACUACAACAUGUCGAUAAACUUUUACAAUUGAAUAACUUCUUCAAUCAUAUAUCGAAAUUUAAUCCAAUUUUUAGAAAAUUUAUUACAAAACUAUCAAAUGAAAGAGAUUCAUAUAAGAAAUAG